AUGCUCAUAGGGUACCUCAAACACGCCUGUGGAAUGUUUAAGAUUGCCAGCUACCGUAUUGAACGAGCAAUGAUAAAUGAAAUUUUUAAAAAUAACAUGAAGAAUGAAAUUACAAUUUAUAAGGCAAUGAUUUAUGCUGUCGAUAUCCAUCGUAAAGCUAUGAAAAGCAUGGUGUUUCAGAUUUUUCAAAGUGUAACAUCUGGCAACAACAAAGAAGAACUUUUAUUACACUUUACGAUUGUAGGUAUUAUUCUUUUAUACAUGUUCUUAGCUAACUAUGCUGGGCAAGAAAUCACGGAUCACAAUAAUCACGUCUUUUUCACUGCAUAUAAUAUUCGUUGGUAUACAGCGCCGUUAUCCAUACAGAAACUAAUAUUAUUUUUAUUACAAAGAAGUAGCAAAACUUUCAGUUUAAACGUCGGCGGAUUAUUUCAAGCAUCCUUAAAAUGCUUCGCUUCGUUAACAAGUACAUCGAUAUCUUACUUCACUGUCAUAUACUCGACACAGCAAUGA